GUAGUUAGGUUAGCUAAUUUGCUAGCAAACAGUAUUAAAAGAAAACGAUUUGAAUCAAAAUGCCAUAAAAUCAGUUCUUGGAAUUUGGUAACAUAUAUAAACGGUUUCCGAGAAUUACCAAUACAGUGCCAACAAGUGCCCAGGUAUUUUCUUACGAACAGCAAGAUGCAUAGGCUUAAGACAAGUGCAAGUUCCUUCAUGCUGCUACUGGGCCUGCUUGGUAUAUGCCUGUGCAGCGUGCCAGCGCUGGGCGUACCGAGCACACCCGGCUGGGUGGUACCGGACCGAGUGGAAUUAAAGAUCGGCAGUGAUCUUAACAUAAGUUGCACCAUCAACAAAGCCUACUUUGUUGCGCCCAUAACCAACGAGACCUGCGAUGUAUCCCAGCUCUAUUUCAAGGCCAUCCUACUAGACGGCGAAAUCAUGUACCAUCAGAACCAUUCGUACGUCAGACGCAUCAACGACACAACCAUAUUGCUGACCGCACGAUCGCUGCAGGAACAGGAGGGCACAUAUCUGUGCAUGUGCGGCACGAACGGCAUGGUUAGCUCGCGCGUCUUUGUGGGCACUCCGCCCCAGUUGGUGACGGACUUUAACUGCACCAGCUACAACUACGACUACAUGUUCUGCAACUUCACCAUGCCACGCAAUAGCAUCAUUACCAAACACAAUGUCAGCUUUGCCACAGACAAUCAUACCAAUUACCGCUAUUUCAUCGACUGCAACUUUGAUGCCUCGCCGCUGAUCAACUGCAACAUUACGGGCGAGAAAUACAAACGCUAUGCGGAGUUUUUUGAGUUUCGCUUGGACAUUAACAAUAGUUUGGGCCACCUGCAACAGCUUAUACAUGUAAACAAUAUGGAACGCAUGAUAUUGGCACGUCCUGGCUUCGACCUGACCGUUAUAAAUACCACCGCCAGCAGCAGAUGCAUCUCCUUUAAGAUGCCACGUCGCAGUAACUUUCUGGGCGGAGUGCUCUGGCAGGUGCAUGUCAUACCCGAAAAUUUCCCCCAAGUACAGGUUCCCACAUUGUCCAACAGCUCCACGGGCAUACGCGACACACUCUGCCUCACCGAGCUGAUCUAUGCCGGCUACAAUUAUCGACUGGAGCUGCGCGUGCGCAACAACAUUACCAAAUCGCGCUGGAGUGAACCAUUGAUCUACAAUUUUCGCACAGACCCAGAGCGCCCAAGACGCCCGCCGCGCGUCACCAACGGCAGCUUCUACGUCUAUUCAACGGAAACGAAGCUCACCUUCUACUGGGAGCAACUGCAGCCGCAUGAGCUGAAUGGCGAUGGCUUCCAGUAUGUCAUCAGCGAGUAUCGCAAAAACGGAUCCAGAGCCGACAGCUCAGAGGUGCUCGUCGAGUUAAACCUGGCCACCAUACAGAACUGGACGAGAAGCACCAACUAUGAGGUUUUCAUACGCAGCAAGAAUAUUGCCGGAGAAUCUGUGGAGGCAACUCGUCUGCUCAUACCUGCGAUUAGCAAUGAGGACUCGCGUGUGCGUGUGCCCACCAAAAUACGCAGCGAGUAUCAUGCGAGUAACACGAGCUACACGCUCAGCUGGACAGCGCCGGAGAAUACGAGCGGCUUGCUCAACUAUACGGUCUACUGGUGCAAGAAGCUGCCGGCGGUGCAGUCCAUGUGCAAUGGCUCCAUACAGUUCGUGCAGGUGGCACGGGAUCAGCUGCACUAUACGACCAGCAGCUAUCCGAUUGGCAUCAAUUUGGCCGUAUCCGCCAAUUAUGCGGAGCACAAUACGGGCAUGCAUUGGAUGAUUUGCUCACGCGACGGCACCGACGACUUGGCCAUCAUUAAGCCCAGCAUUGAGGAGGUGACCAACACAUCGCUGACUGUCAAAUGGUCCACACACGUUUGCCCAGCCAUUCUACGUGGCUAUGAGCUCACCUAUUGUCAGCGUGUGCUCAAGCAGCCGGAUAAUUGCACCACCAAGGUGCUCGACCCCGAUGCCGUAGACUACACCAUCGGCGGCCUGGAGCCCUACACCCACUACAGCGUCAAGAUGAACAUGUAUUCCCAGACCACACAUAGCAAAAAUAGCGAUGAGCUGAUCAAUCAAACGGCCGAAGCGGCGCCCUCGCCGCCGCGUCAGCUCGAGUACGCCGAGCUGAGCAACUCGAGCGUGCAGCUGAGCUGGCUGCCACCGCUGAAGUUCAAUGGCAAAUUGCGCUCCUACCAGGGCCGCUUCAUCAAUCUGCUAACCAAUCAGACGGAUUACUUCCGUCUGCCCGGCUCACAGGACGAUGAUCUCGACCAGCCGAUUGUCUACGAGCUGCGCAAUCUGAGCGCCUAUACCCACUACAGCGUCAGCAUACGUGCCAUCACCCUCUAUGGCUCCGAGCCGAGCAAUGACAUCAACUUCCAAACGGCCGUGGGCGUGCCGUCGACGCCGAAGUUGCAAGUGCAGAGCACGCCACAGUCCACAGUGCUGGCCUGGGUAGCGCCAGAGUUGCCCGCCGGACGACUGGAGUACUAUGAGGUGGCGCUUAGCGAGCUGAACGACAACAACACAUUGGUCUGGCGCAAGCUCAGCACCAUUGCCACCGUUCCCAACGGCAAUCUGAGCUGCAAGAUGAUCACACAGACCUGCACGCCGCAGUACCGUUUCCACUACCAGGUGCGUGCGGUCAACGUGGAGCCGCUAGCAAUAUCCGACACCGACUCCGAGUACCAGUCCUUCUCCUCCGUCUGGGCGGGCGACAUUGGUUCGCAGCUGUGCCAGCCGCUGCAGCCAUUGAGUGGCGCCCAGUGGCAGCAGCUGCAGCUCUAUGAGAACAUGACGCUCUAUCGGCUGCACAAGUCCGCCUGGUCCACCUACGAGGUCAGCUGCUCGCCGGAUACGACACGUGCCAAGGCCAUACUGAACAGCCUGGAGGUGAUCAUAGCCAUUAUUGUGGUGGGCGUGGCAUGCAACAUGCUGUACCGCAAGGUGCGCAAAAUGUCCGAUAUUGAUCUGGUGCUGCCGCCGGGCAUUAUGGAGAACCUAAAGAAUCCCGACAAGGGCGCUGGCAUCGAUGCCAUGGGCAACGGCAUGGGCAUGGCCAGCGCCGUCAAUGGCGGCAUCAUAUGCACGCGUGUGGAUGCCUCGCCCACCUGCUCGCCAAUGUACUUGCCACAUGACUUCGGCAGCGGCAAUGAAAGCUCCAAGCUGCUGCUCGCCAACAGCUCGGGCGGUGGUCAUGGCAACUGCAUUGAACGCGAUAGCUACGAGGAUCAACAAGCGGGCAUGGGCAUGACGCUGCCGCCGGCCAGUUAUAUGUGCAUGAGCCGCAUGGCGAAUGACGAUGAUGAGAGCCAUGCCAACGCUACGGAGCUGCAGAGCACGCCACCCAGGGAUCAGGAGCGCCAGCGAGAGCGAGAACGAGAACUGGAGCGUGAGCCGUCAUCGGAGCUGCAGUCGUCGAAGCCAACGCAACCUAGCGCUGGCUAUAUAAAGCCCACACAGCUAAAGCACUGGUCACCCACCCAAACACCGCCCGCAUCCAUGGCCAUGCCCAUGAGCGGCUAUGUGCCCGUUACGGCGCCCAUGCUGCCCGCAGGCAUGGCCAUGCCUAUGGGUGGCUAUGUGCCUGUCCAGCUGCUGCAAGCACGCUCCGCAGCAACAGCCGCAACGCCAGUAGCAGUAGCACCACCACCAACAGCAACCAGCGCUGUUGCCUCCACGCCAUUGAAUCUGCUUAGCACUGGGAAUUAUGUGCAAGCCUCGGAGCUGCACAAGCUGAAGCCCCUGGCACCCACACUGGCGCCCACGCCAGCACCUGCGCCCACAGCCAACAGCUUUGGCUACACCUCCAUGGAGCAACUGCAGCGCACUGGAUUAAUGAAGCCAACAGUUAACGCCGCCGGCGCUGCCGCCGCAUCGCAGCCGACGUCGAGAUUACAACCGAAUAUCAAUGGUUAUGUGACGCCGCAGGAGCUAAAUGCCAUUGCGCAUAAUCGUCACAUGCUUUAAGCAACUGGACACGCCCCCACAUUAAAGGCGUGCCCAAGACAAUUGCCUAAGUAAAUGAAUUUUGUAUGAUUUAUUUGCUAAAAGAAACCGCAGCUACUCUUUGCCUUCCACACACACACACCCAUACAAGUGCAUCCUUUCGCCUUAUUUGUAUAAUGCAUAAACACACACACACACAUGCACCCACACACACACACACACACACUAAGAUUAAUUGUUCACACUUUAUA